UGAUUUUUUAAAUGUGCAACUGUAGCACACAUGCAUCCUGAACAUUUGAGCUUUGGUGCUCCGAUGAGGAUGCAGGUUCGAGUACGGCUUGCAUCCCAUCCACAUUUCUAUCCUCUUAAAAACUCCCCUCUGUAUUUUUCUUUCUAAAGAAAAGGGUUACAAGCUCAUAAAAUUCCCUUAAAAAAUAUGAGUCAGAAAUUUGGUAACGUAGCAUUUUUAACCCAGUAAGAAAUGUAAAGUAUAUUAAUGAAUUUUUAUGCAUUUGUAUUUAUUUCGAAUUCUUUAAAAAUACUUGAAAUUUUAAUUAUGCGUUUUUUGACAAACCUAGAAAUUUCGUCGAAAUGGGUCCAUGUAUAGAAGCAGCACCCUGCCCUCAUCUCUCUAGCAACAACCACAUAAUGAAUGACCACUCUCUCCAUCGCUCUGUCUCUGACUCCACCCUUCUGCAGUGUUGUAUAAGUAGUGUCCUGAUCUUUCUCCUCAGUAAUUCCUCUUCAGAUUCUCCCAGGAGUUUCGACCCCUGACCUCCGAGGAUGGAUAACGCCACAUACAGCUACGUGAAUGACUGCACUCCGCUCACUAAUUGUAAAUCCGGCCGAAAGGCUGGCGGCUCCACGGUGGUCAACAUGAGUCAUGCGGGCAAGAAGCCACCAAACGACUACCUGAUCUGGUCGCUCUGUAACACUCUUUAUGUCAACUUCUGCUGCUUGGGAUUCAUGGGUCUGAUCUACUCCAUCAAGGCUCGAGAUCAGAAGACCUUGGGAGACAUGCGUGCAGCACAGGAAUUCUCGGACAAAGCGAAGUGGUACAACAUUCUGGCAUCGGGCUGGAAUCUCUUGAUUCCUCUGCUGGUGUUGGGUCUGCUGGUCUUGCUCGUGGUUCAUCUGGGAAGCUCAGAAGGAACGUUUGAUUUCUUCGGUGAAGACGGAUUCCAGAGCUUCAUGAAGCUCUUCAGCAGGUAGACAGAGCCACUCGAACAAUCCCACCACCAACAACUCCUGCAAACCUUCUGGACUGUUCACUCUCUCUUCACUUCAUCAACAUGUUAUUUUCUUUGGCUCUGUGAUGAAUUUAUUAUUAUUUAGAUUUGUUUUGUUUAUUUCUUUUUUCAUAAUUAAUGUCAAUGUAGUGUAUAUUAACUCGUAUCUACCCUACAAUUCUAUUUUAUGAAGUAAAU